UUCAUUAUUCAACUAAUUUCAUAGUUAUUACAAAAAGUGAAUAGUCAUAUUUAAAAUAAAAGAAUCGGCUUCAAGAUUCAAGUUAACUUUUACAUAAAUAAAAGAUUUAAAUAAUUCAAAAUUAUGUUUUCAAGAACUGAUAUGAAUGAAGCACCUCCAUUUUGGCAAAAUGGUCCAGCUCCUGGUAAAUUGUACAAUUUUCCAGAUACCGCAUCAUCAAAUAGUACAUUCAAUUCUGAUUAUUUCACUCGCUCAAAGGCUCCAAUAACAACUGGAUCAUCUGUAAUUGGUGUAAAAUUUGAUAAAGGUGUAAUAAUCGCAGCCGAUACACUUGGUUCCUAUGGUUCGUUAGCACGUUUCCGACAAGUUGAACGUUGCCUUAAGGUCAACAAUAAUAUAAUAUUAGGUGCUGGAGGAGAUUAUGGUGAUUUUCAAUAUUUAAAAGAUAUAAUUAAUCAAAAAAUAAUUGAUGAGGAGUGUUUGGAUGAUGGUUUCCGUUUAAAACCGAAAGCCUUAUACUGUUGGUUAACACGUGUCCUCUAUCAAAGACGUAGCAAAUUUGAUCCAUUAUGGAAUAAUUUCAUCAUAGCUGGUGUAGAAGAUAAUGAACCAUUUAUUGGUACCGUUGAUAAAUUAGGUACCGCUUACGUAGAUGAUGUGAUUGCAACCGGUUUCGGUGCAUAUUUAGCAACACCAAUGUUACGUAAAGCAGCUGAACAAAAUAAAGGAGUACCAUUUACUAAGGAACAAGCUGAAAAAUUAGUAUUACAUUGUAUGGAAGUAUUGUUUUAUCGUGACACACGUUCAUAUCCAAUAUUUGACAUGGCAAUUUUAUCAACGGGCGAAGGUGUCACAUUGCAACAGAAACAAGUUAAACAAAAUUGGGAUGUGGCACAUUUAAUCCGUGGCUACAUAUAAAUACAAAUUUUAAUUCUUUUUUAUAUAACUUUAUUUUUCAAUCA